AUGGAGAUUGAUAAUCACAAUCACGGCGGCUUCACCUACAUGGGCCGCACUUUCAGCAGCCUCAACAACGACCACUCCUCCGCUUUCAGCGACUGCAACAGCGACAGAUCCGGCGAGUUCCCCUCCCCUUCUCCCCUCAGCCGACGCCUCCUCCUCUCCUCCUCCUCCUCCACCGACGACCUCAUCCCUCACCUCGUCUCCCUCCUCUCCUCUUCCGCCGAAGACCAGAAGCAAGCCGCCAUGGAGAUCAGACUCCUCUCCAAACACAAACCAGAGAACCGCAUCAAAAUCGCCAAAGCUGGCGCCAUCAAACCCUUAAUCUCCCUCAUCUCCUCCUCCGAUCCUCAGCUCCAGGAGUACGGUGUCACCGCCAUCCUCAACCUCUCCCUCUGCGACGAGAACAAAGACCUCAUCGCUUCUUCAGGAGCCGUUAAGCCUCUCGUUAGAGCCUUGAAAAUGGGAACACCGACGGCUAAGGAGAACGCCGCAUGCGCUCUCCUCCGUCUUUCCCAGCUCGAGGAGAACAAAGUCGCGAUAGGGAGAUCAGGAGCGAUUCCUCUUUUGGUGAAUCUGUUAGAAACGGGAGGAUUUAGAGCGAAGAAAGAUGCCUCGACGGCUCUCUACUCUCUCUGCUCAGCUAAGGAGAACAAAGUGAGAGCUGUUGAGUGUGGGAUCAUGAAGCCCUUGGUGGAGUUGAUGGCUGAUUUCGGAUCCAACAUGGUUGAUAAAUCGGCGUUCGUUAUGAGCCUGCUGAUGUCGGUGCCGGAGUCGAAGGCGGCGGUUGUGGAGGAAGGAGGUGUGCCGGUGCUGGUGGAGAUUGUGGAGGAUGGGACGCAGAGACAGAAGGAGAUGGCUGUGUCGAUUUUGCUUCAGCUUUGUGAGGAGAGUGUGGUGUUUCGAACCAUGGUUGCUAGGGAAGGAGCCAUUCCUCCGCUUGUUGCGCUUACUCAGGUUGGAACUAGUCGAGCCAAGCAAAAGGCUGAGGCUUUGAUUCUGCUCUUAAGGCAACCUAGAUCCGGUGGUGGAAGAUCGUCGGAACUGUGAUUGAGCUUUUUCUCUUUUUUACAACCGCAAAUGGGAGAUAAAUAAAAUAACUGUAAAUUAGUUUGUUUCCCCCCUCUGUAAUUUAUCUUCUUGAGAUUGUUUGUUUUUGUGAGAUCCAGUUGAUAAAUAUCGGUUUCCUUUUUACAAACAUUUUUUCACAUCAUUGCUAAUUCUG